AUGUCGUCGCGCGCCCCCUUCGGCUCCGAUGUCAACACGAACCGCAUUACCAUUGAUCUAACUGGCAGUGAUGAUAAAGAAGUCCCGGCGUUUGUGACCAGCUUGGCCCACAGAUCACCCGCAAAAGUGGUCACGCCGCUAGUUCCAUCUAAAAGGAGUCUGAGCAUAUCUGAAAAGUCAUCAGAUUCGUCAAGUGAGGAAAGCAUCAAUACUGGGCACCCACACAGAAAGCGGGUCUCUCCUGCGAACAAUGCAUCACCCAGUCCACCCUUGUCACUGUCAAAAGUUAGUGUGGUCAUUACUCCGCCAACUGUUCACCAAAAACGUCAAUUCGCCCACGCCGUUUCAAUUUCGUCAUCCUCUACGAAUGGCCUAUGUGAACAGCAUUUCCCUAUUAAAGAGGAGGAAGAAAGAGUGUCGAGAGCUGCGUACCCCCGUGCACGAGAACGAUCCACGGUCAACCGCAAAGAUAUUGCUCUUUCAUUUAAAUCGGGAGCUCCCUCUACACUGAAGCUGGACCCGCCCAUUUCUGGCAAGCACCUCGCUGCCCUCCGUGACACACUCCAGGCGAAACUGGACAGUAUUAAAGGCCCAUCUAUCACUCCUGUGGUGUCAUCUCCAAGACUACUUGCCAAGUUGGCCGAUAACUUUGUGUUCAUCAAUGAAUAUCAAUACCGCGCGGGUGUGGUACCUCUCUCAGAGGAGUUUAUCUGUGGUUGCACAUGUGUCAAUGGAUGUGAACCGACUAAAUGUGACUGUCUGGCCCAAGAAGAAGAUACUGAAGGCCAUAUCGUCCCUUAUCAGAGAUGCGCUCAAAACCCAGAGCUGUUUGUCAUCUCUCAGGAUUUCUUGCACCGCAAGUCUAUGAUAUUCGAAUGUACUGCAAGUUGCAAUUGCCAAGGUGAAAAGUGUUGGAACCAUGUCGUGCAAAAGGGACGGACUGUGAAGCUGGAAAUCUUCGAUACUGGCCCCCGGGGCUUUGGUCUUCGCUCACCUGACCGUAUUUACGCCGGUCAAUUCAUCGACCAUUACCUGGGAGAAGUGAUAACUAAAGCGGACGCGGAUGCUAGAGAAGCUCUCUCAGAGGGCGAUCAUGGACAGUCAUACCUUUUCGAUCUAGACUGGUGGGUUGGACAUGAGGAUGUUGACGGACACGAAGAUGUUGACGAAGACACGAUGAACGUUAUUGAUGGGCGGAAAUUUGGCUCCGCAUCACGAUUUAUGAACCACUCUUGCAAUCCAAACUGCAAGAUUGUUGCCGUUUCAACAAAGAACCACAGCGAUAAACGGCUGUACAACCUUGGCUUUUUUGCCUACCGCGAAAUUCCACCCGGCACGGAGUUAACUUUUGAUUACAAUGCUGGCACCGAGAGUACGAAGCCCUACAGGAUAGACCCGGAUGCCGUGCCCUGUUUGUGCGGCGAAAGAGAGUGCCGGGGUCAAUUGUGGCCCAACAAGCGCAAAGGAAAGCGCUAG